CUUCUACACAUUCAAUUCAAUCUCUCAACACAUCAUCAAGAACUCAAAGCUCUAAAUCAAGAAAAUCAAAGAUUCCAUUUUUCUUCCUUCAUUUUCUUGAUUUUGUAACCACACACAACAAUUUGAAUCAAAUAUGAAGAUGGGAAGCUCAAAUAUGGGAAGUUCAAAGAGGAGAAUUUCAAGUAGAGGAGUUGGAGGAGUUCUUAGAGAACAAAGAGCCAAACUUUACAUUAUUAGAAGAUGUGUAGUCAUGCUUCUUUGUUGGCAUGAUUGAAAAAAUUUAG